GUAAGAGUCCACCUCUUUCUCAACUUGGUCACUCACGUGGACUUCUUCUUAUCUUAUCUUUCCUCCAUCUUUUCGUUCUUUGCCGCUAACUCAAACGCAGCACACAACUCAAAACUCACAAUCUCCGUUUUCCCAACUUAUUCGAAUGCAUGAAUGAAAACCAAACGCGCUUUUUCAAAUAAUCCAAUCUAAAAUCCUCACUACAAUCCAUUCCUUCAAAUUUCCCUCCCAAUUCUAAACAACCAAACAAAUGGCAGCUUCUUCACUCUGUUCCUCCUUCACCUCCACAACUUCGCACUCGCAACAUCGUCUUCACCACCGCAAAACCCUAAACCUACCAGGUUCAUCUUUUCUUAGCAGAGAAUUUCACCUCAAUUCAGCUUCCGUUUCCAAAACACGGCGGAGUAGGAGUCGCCGAUCGGGUUCGGUUGCGGUUGCUUCACUCGGUGGUUUGUUAGGUGGAAUAUUCAAAGGAAAUGAUACUGGCGAAGCUACAAGGAAACAAUAUGCUGCAACUGUUAAUGUUAUCAAUGGAUUGGAAGCGAAUAUUUCUAAACUUUCGGAUUCUGAACUAAGGGAUAAGACUUUUGAGCUAAGAGAACGUGCUCAAAAGAGAGAAUCCUUGGAUUCUCUUUUGCCUGAAGCCUUUGCUGUUGUAAGAGAAGCUUCCAAGAGAGUUCUUGGUCUUCGUCCAUUUGAUGUUCAGCUGAUAGGGGGUAUGGUUCUUCAUAAGGGAGAGAUAGCUGAAAUGAGGACUGGAGAAGGGAAGACACUGGUUGCCAUUUUGCCAGCUUAUUUGAAUGCAUUAGUUGGGAAGGGAGUUCACGUUGUUACUGUAAAUGAUUAUUUGGCUCGGCGUGAUUGUGAAUGGGUUGGCCAAGUUCCACGCUUUCUUGGAAUGAAGGUUGGCCUCAUCCAGCAGAAUAUGACAAGUGAGCAAAGAAAGGAAAAUUAUUUAUGUGACAUAACAUAUGUCACUAAUAGCGAGCUAGGUUUUGAUUUCUUAAGAGACAAUCUUGCCACGAGUGUCGAGGAGCUUGUCAUUAGGGGUUUCAAUUAUUGUGUCAUUGAUGAGGUUGAUUCAAUACUUAUCGAUGAAGCUAGAACUCCACUCAUUAUAUCAGGACCUGCUGAGAAACCCAGUGAUAAAUAUUACAAGGCUGCAAAGAUAGCAGAAGCCUUUGAACGUGAUAUACAUUACACUGUGGAUGAAAAACAAAAAUCGGUUCUAAUUUCUGAACAGGGCUACGAAGAUGCUGAAGAAAUUUUAGCUGUCAAAGAUUUAUAUGAUCCACGAGAACAAUGGGCUUCAUUUGUCCUAAAUGCAAUUAAAGCAAAAGAACUUUUUCUUCGAGAUGUAAACUACAUAAUUCGCGGAAAAGAGGUGCUAAUUGUUGAUGAGUUUACUGGUCGAGUAAUGCAGGGGAGAAGGUGGAGUGAUGGACUUCAUCAAGCAGUUGAAGCAAAGGAAGGGUUGCCCAUCCAAAAUGAAACUGUGACACUGGCUUCUAUUAGUUACCAGAAUUUUUUUCUGCAGUUCCCAAAACUAUGCGGCAUGACUGGCACUGCAUCAACAGAAAUCACAGAAUUUGAAAGCAUUUACAAGCUUAAAGUUACAAUCGUGCCUACAAACAAACCUAUGAUAAGAAAGGAUGAAUCUGAUGUAGUUUUCAGGGCUACUAGAGGGAAAUGGCGUGCAGUUGUUGUGGAAAUCUCUAGAAUGCACAAAACUGGCCGACCUGUGCUUGUUGGCACGACUAGCGUUGAGCAGAGUGAUUCUUUGUCUGAGCAAUUGAAGGAAGCUGGAAUCCCGCACGAGGUUCUUAAUGCAAAACCAGAAAAUGUUGAGAGGGAAGCAGAAAUUGUAGCACAGAGUGGUCGUCUUGGGGCUGUGACAAUUGCCACCAAUAUGGCUGGUCGUGGGACGGAUAUAAUCCUUGGCGGUAAUGCUGAAUUUAUGGCACGGUUGAAGCUUCGUGAGAUACUGAUGCCAAGAGUUGUUAAGCUAACUGAAGGAGAUUUUGUAUCGGUAAAGAAACCUCCUCCUGCUAAGACAUGGAAGGUGAAUGACAAGUUGUUUCCAUGCCAACUAUCAAAUAAAAAUACUGAGUUGGCUGAGGAGGCCGUGCAAUUGGCUGUUAAAGCAUGGGGAAAGAGAUCAUUAACUGAGCUGGAAGCAGAGGAACGCCUAUCAUAUUCUUGUGAAAAGGGCCCAGCCCAAGAUGAAGUCAUUGCCGCGCUGAGAAAUGCAUUUCUGGAAAUCAGCAAGGAAUAUAAAAUCUUCACCGAGGAAGAGAGGAAGAAGGUCGUGGCGGCUGGUGGACUAAUUGUAGUGGGUACCGAGCGUCAUGAAUCACGGCGAAUUGACAAUCAGCUGCGUGGUCGAAGUGGCAGACAAGGAGAUCCAGGAAGCUCACGCUUCUUUUUAAGUCUUGAAGAUAAUAUUUUUCGGAUAUUUGGCGGAGACCGAAUUCAGGGCUUAAUGAAAGCUUUCAGAGUGGAAGACCUACCUAUUGAGUCUCAGAUGUUGACCAAAGCAUUAGAUGAAGCCCAAAAGAAAGUGGAGAACUAUUUCUUUGACAUUCGGAAGCAAUUGUUUGAGUAUGACGAAGUACUUAAUAGCCAAAGAGACCGAGUUUAUACAGAGAGAAGACGAGCCCUUCAAUCUGACAAUCUUCAGUCUCUUCUUAUUGAAUAUGCUGAAUUGACAAUAGAUGACAUUUUAGAGGCCAACAUUGGUUCUGAUGCUCCAAAAGACAGCUGGGAUCUUGAUAAACUGAUUGCAAAAAUCCAGCAAUAUUGCUACUUGUUGAAUGAUCUGACCCCUGAUUUGCUGAGGAAUGAGUGUCCGGAUUAUGAGGGAUUGCGGAGCUAUCUCCGUCUUCGCGGUAAAGAAGCCUAUCUGCAAAAAAGGGAUAUUACGGAGCAACAAGCACCGGGUUUGAUGAAAGAAGCGGAGCGGUUCCUGAUCUUGAGCAAUAUCGAUCGGCUGUGGAAAGAACAUUUGCAAGCACUAAAAUUUGUUCAGCAAGCUGUGGGUUUACGAGGGUAUGCGCAACGGGAUCCACUUAUUGAAUAUAAACUUGAGGGUUACAACCUUUUCUUGGAGAUGAUGGCACAAAUAAGAAGAAAUGUUAUAUAUUCUAUAUAUCAGUUUAAACCCGUGCUGCUAAAGCAAGAUCAGGAUAAAGCUGAGAAUCAGAAAUCAGGUAAACGGAAUGCACGCACUCGGAACGAUACAAAUCCAGAUCCAGUUGGUACAGUUGAGCCAUCAACAAGUGCUAGUUCAUGAUGCUGCACUUAAUGCAUACAAUCUGGAAGGCUUCACUUUAUCCUCUGUUCGUCAAAUAAUUUAUGUAAAGUGAAAUUUUGAUGCUCCAACUGUAAAAUUUUAUACAUGUAAAGGGUAGCAAGCUAUAAAGAACUACUACAUUUUUACCCUCUAAAAAGGAUAACAACGCACACAUUUAGAAUAUGAACCAAGAAUAGCUUAUAAAUCCUAAAUUUAGUGAUUAAAUUAUUUGUGACAGCAUUUUAAUACAUGGUGAUAUCUAAUUUGAUGUGAUUUA